AUGCUUUUUGUGUUGCAGAUCAGAAGAUGUGCUCAAGAGUGUCUAGAGAAGGUUCUUAAGUCUUUUCAGUCCUCAGCUGUUAUUAAGAAUGCGAGUAAGCUAGCGAAAUCGUUGCUUAUGACUUACAUGCCUGUAGCAGUUACCUUAAGUAAUACGAGGAGCUUAGAUGGGUCGAAAGAGAAGUUGAAUACAAAGCCUGAGCAGGUAGAGGUCCUCCACAUGCUGAACUUACUGAACCUUACUAUUCCUUAUAUUUCCGUGAAAGUACUUUCGAAACUUCUGUCAGAACUUUGCAAGCUUAUGAGUUCCGAGUUCUCGCCACUUACUAGGCAGAUAUUUAAAGCUAUUGAAGGUUUCUUUGAAAAUUCAAAUGAUGAAGUUAUCAUUCCUGAGAUAAAGAACAUUAUCAAUUCUCUUACUGAAUAUACAUCCUUGGGAGAGAAGAAUCCUGCAGACACUAUUAUGUCUGCAGCAAGCCUAUUAAAAAGUGCUCUGGCCAAGCUUCAUGCUGUAGAUUCAAAAUCAGCAUUAAGUUAUGUUCCCAUAGUUUGCGGUUCUCUAAGAGGUCUUUUGACUUCUGAGACUACCCCUGCAUCACAGGCUUCAACUAUCAUAACAGAGUUGAUUAGCCAUCAUAUAGAUUGCAAGGUUCUCUUGAGUAAAGGAGUCCAACCAUUCGGGGAUGAUAGAGUGGAAUUCGAGGAGGCAAAUGCAAUAAGAUCUACAUGUGCACUCUUUGAGGAUACCCUUAGUUCAUAUGCUGGAAUUCCAGACGAGCAUAUUCUGGCCAUAGUUUCUGUCUUGUUCAGUACACUUGGAGAGUUCUCAUAUCGCUUUAUGAAGAGCAUUGUAAUUAAGCUUGCCAAAAUCAUGAAGGUUGCAAGUAGCAACGCAUCAAAGAUUGACAAUCUCCGGGAAUGUGUUGGGGCUGCAGUAAAAGCAAUGGGAUCAGAAAGGUUAUUAGUACUUUUGCCUAUCACCCUUGACACGAAUGAUUUCACUUGUUCAAACAUUUGGUUGGUACCUAUCUUGAAGAAACAUGUUGUUGGAGCUUCUCUAGGGCAUUAUAUGGACUAUGUUGUACCUCUUGCAAAAUCAACUUGGCGGGCUGGUUGUAAAGCUAAAACUUCAGUUAUUGGGCAAGAGCUGCAGUCUCAUGCCCGUGGCCUUUGGGAGCUUCUACCUGCCUAUUGUCGCUAUCCUGUUGAUUUGCACCAAAAUUUUGAUUCUUUGGCUGAGCUUUUAAUCAAAUUUCUCAAUAAGUACUCUUUUAUGCAUGAAAGCAUCAGUGUUUCCUUGCAGGUUCUUGUGAAUAAAAACAAAAGUAUUCUUGGCUCUAAAAUCAACACAAGCGACUCAAAUAUCUACACAACCAAAGAUUCCAGAUUAGAGUUUGAAAUUGAAGCCACUUAUUCAGAGAAAACUGCAAGCAGAAACAUCAAGGCUCUGGCCUCAUGCUCCACCAAGUUGCUUCAGUCCCUAAUAGACAUAUUUGUUGAUUCACCCCCUGGGACCUGCCCAUAUUUGAAGGAGGCAGUUGGAUGCCUGGCUUCUAUUACUGAUUCUUCUUGCACCAAAAGAAUUUUCAUGUCUUUGCUCGAGAAGUUAGACUUGAUAAAUGGUGAAGAUGACUUCAAAAACCGGGAGACUCAGAAUCAAGAAUCAAUUGACGAAAAACCAGAGAAGCUAAGCACUAACGAGACACAUUCUUGGAGGUGUGUGAUAAUGGAUCUAGCAUCUUCUCUUGUAGAAGGAGCCAAGGAAGAUCUUGUUGAUUUAAUAUAUAGUUUAAUUCAGCAAACUUUUCAGGCGGCUGAUGAGAUUGGUCAUCCUGAGGCAUAUCAUGCUUUGCAAAGAAUUCUAGAGGAGCAUACAUGGUUUUGUUCUUCUCGAUUUUCAGAGCUAAUAGAUCUAUUAGCUGGUCUUAAAGCUCCUGUUAAUAUCGCAGCCCUCAGAAGUCGGUUUGCUUGUUUCCACAUUGUAAUGGUCCACACAUUUAAGGUCAAAAUUUUCCUCCAGAACAUUGAUAAGCUUUUUUUCUGAACUGGUUGUAAAAAGUGCUCUACCUUAUUUAUUAGCAA